AUGUCGAACGUCGAGGAAGAAGACACAGCGAUUGCGACCCAUCCGUUCGUCAAGAAACCCAGCGCAGAUCUGAUUCUUCGAUCGAGCGACGGUUUCAAUUUUUACGUUCACCAAUGCAUCCUGGCCGAAGCCUCGCCAUUCUUCAGCACCAUGUUGUCGCUCCCUCAACCCGAUGCAGAGGUGGCUCCGACAGGAGAAAAACAUCCUGACGACAAGAACGGAUCGAGUCGCGCCAUCGUCGACAUGUCGGAAAAUGCACAGACUCUCGAGCUUCUGCUACGCGCAUGUUAUCCAUACGAAGAGCCAGAUCUCGAUGGAUUAGACGAAGUCGCCGCGGUCUUGUCCGCCGCAGUCAAGUACGAGAUGGCCGCUCCCAUCAAGAUGCUGCGAAAGCGCCUAUCGAAACAUGCACCGACUGUACCGACGCGUGUUUAUGCGAUUGCAGUGCGUCACAGACUCGAGCCGGAAGCGCGCGAGGCAGCAAGGGCGUCGCUGCGGUUUACGCUUAAACAGUUGGCACUGCAGGAUGCGCAGGAGCUUUCCCUUAUCCCUGCCCUUACCUAUCAGCGUUACAUACGCUUCAUGCUACGAUGCCGGGAGGAAUUUUCUACAUUAUCUACGGACCUUAGAUGGAUACAGACGGGGAUACCA